CGCAAAAAUGCGAGAAACAGUCAUUGUACGUCCUCCGUCACCACCGAAGGUAGACCGUGCCGUACUGGGUAUAGCUCAUACGCCCAGAGGAUACCGGAAUAUCGUUCUGCAAAAUGCCGAGGAAAGAAAUCCGAUUGAGGCUGAAUAUCACCGUCCACAUCGGAAAGAUCUUAUGGACACAGUCCUUAGACGGAGGGUACAAAGUCUGGGGGCACCCAUGAUAGCAACCGGAGGAAACAUUGAAGUGAACCGGAAACAUCAUAAUCCUGUUGCCGCGGCUAUCGACCUACCUUAUAUUGCUGAAAGCAAGCUCCAGGCUGUACGACAGCCCCCCAAGCUCCCGCCAGCGUUGGAAGCCCAAGUGCAUGUUGUGAAAGGAUAUCGUGCGGCCCUUGCGGUGGUUGAAAAAGAAAGGGAGGUCGAGCAGAAUUUGAAGGAGACAAAAUUAGAGCUGCGUGUGAAUGACAAAGUGAGGGCCGAAAUGGGGGACUACGUUGGGUCUGGGCAGAAGGAAUUGUUCCACGAGCCAGUAAACGUCAGAUCUGCUGAGACCCGUGAUCGGGAUGUGGAUCUUACUACCACAAAUCAAACCAUGCAUAAAAGUAGUUGGCUUCAAAAUGUCGUCCGGAAAAGAGACAGCGCGGCAACUCGCAGGAUUGAUGAGAGGAUACCUAAAUCCCUUCCUGUCAAUUUUGGCAAUUCAGACACUUUGGGGUCUGCAUUUGAUCUAGAACAGCUAGUCGGCAACGGAAUUAUAACAACUACAGACAGGCCACUUCUUAAGCCCUCCGAAUCUUUUUCAACUCGGAAUGUUCCCUUCAUGCUGGAAGUAUGGCAGCGCGCAGAGGGUAUCAAUUUACAGGCGGCAGUGAGCGGAUACGCAAAGGACGAAGCACGACGAGUUGCAGACGCCCGUCGGAGUUUGAAUACCAAACUGCAAGAUUUGGCUGAAUCAGGACGCUUUUCCAUGGGAUCACGACCAGGAUCGCGACCGUCAACGGCGGGACGACGGGUAUUUUCGGCUGAUAAUGAGCGCGUCACACAUGGUAGACCAAGCAUUAGGUCUGCUACACGGCGGAGCUCAGUCAUCCCCAAGUCCCCAUCCGGUCAUACAUCCAGCCAGAAAUCGGAUCGGCCGAGGUCUUCGAUAGCUAACCGCGACACCCCACAAAUGCCGGAAAAAACCCUCUCCCACUCAACCGUCAGGUUCUUAAAAAAACUGACACGAGAAGGAUUGGAUCCCACUCAAACUGUUUUGACAGAUGGGAAUGUGGACGCCUUGGUGCGAAUCACCCUCACAGGAGCAGAAUUCGAAAGUAGGGAGCGGGUAAGUGAUGUCUAUGCUCGAGGGUCCUCUGGAUCAGGCCGAUCCAUCCUACUGCGACGGGUACCGCCACGUAAACGACGAGCAUACGCGCCUGGACAAUGGCACAAGGCCAUGAAAGCCGCUGAGGAAGGCCGACUGCUAACUGCAUCAGACGGGACGAUCGGUGCGGACGAUCAAGGAGGGAUACGGCUCGUAAUACCUGAUGUCCGAGAAUUCAGAGAUGACGACGAUACGUCUACGGUAACUGACGACUCCCUCCAACUGAGGCCGAAUGCAUCCAGACCUGCGCCUCCGGGAACGGAACUACCUAAAUCGCUGUCUACAGAUGGAGAUAUGAAAUUUCUUCAAGCACUCGGUAAACCUACCAGAAGACGCAGCUCGGUUUUCGGUGCUUCACAGCUUCUCCGAACCGUCAAGUCAAAUAUGAAGCCUGCUGUACUAUCGGAUUUACCGUCCUUCUCUGUAGCUAGGUUGACCACAAUGCUGAAACGCAGGGCAAAAGAGAAUCCAAUAUCCAAGGUGGAAGCAGCCCCCGAGAGAACAUCACACGAGCCCUCCAUUUCAGCGCCCAUAAUAAAAACUUUGACUGACUUCCUAGAAACGCCAUACACGAACCUUGAACAAAUACCGCCGACAGACUCCCCCGGGUACAUAGCACUCUGCAAGACUCUUAUACUUGCACUAGGAGAGGAGGAAGAUCGCCCCCUCCGCUUCGAAGCCUCCCGAUUGCUCAUUGCUCUGGAUGCGCAUCAUUCGCUAGGGAGAUGGGAAGGCAUUGCUUUCCGGAAAACCUUGGGCGAAAUGUUGAAAGAUGGAGGCGUUUCUGAGCGGGCCUUGGCAGCGGUUACAUUGGCGACAAUGGGGAUUGUGGAUUCUGCGGUUUUGGAUGAGCUGAGGAGGGAGCUUGGUGAUGUCGACACUGUGACGCGACGGAGGGCAGUGGAAUGUCUAGAGAUGAUGGAUUUAAGUCAUGCUGAGCAACUACUGGAAGCAUUGCUGAGUGACGCUGACAGCACUAGCUGGAGAGUCCGGCAGGAUGUUAUAGAGUUGCUUGAGUGCUGGGUGGGAAAGCUGUCUCAGUUGACACUUGAACAGCCCAAGCAACCACCGCCAGAAACCAGAAUCUCCAGCCGCAAAGCAUCGAUGAUACCCGAUUCAGCUCGUAUUUCUAGCGCUUCAACGCGUCCAAGCACUCGCGCAUCUAAUAAAGCCAUGGGGGAAGAAGACCCCAUGGAAAUUGCCCGGAGAGAGCAACUUCAGACGCUGCGGCGCCAAGUGAAAGCCGCUGUCGAAACACUCCUCCGCCUUAUGUGGAACGACUGGAAUAGUACAGUCCGUGACGCUGCUGCUGCCUCUCUAGGACGACUCGGCAAAGGACAGCAUAUCCUGGACUGGAUUGUGGGUUUACUGAGCUCACCCGACCCAUUGAAACGAAUCGACGCUCUCAAGUCAUUAACAAGACUAGGGGUUGUCACGGAAAACGCGGUUGAUAAGUUCCUGGCUUGCUUUCGCGAUGAGUUCGCCACUGUGAGGGUGGAAGCGUGCAAGCUGGCUUGCAUCCUUGCAUCCGGAAACCGAGAUCUUGUCAACGCACUAUUGGAUUGUUUCGACGAUUUUGAUUGGCGAGUUCGCGCAUACGCGGUCAAAGCUAUAGGAACGACCAAGAACACUGACCCACAAGUCCAUGAAUCUCUCCGAUGUGCCCUCUACCACGAUGCCCACCCUUCAGUUCGCGCAGAGGCGAUCCAAAGCGCCCAAAUACUUGGCCUUCUCGCAACAUCAAAAGACCUUCAGGAAGCGGUUUUCACAUUGAUGGAAACAGAUGCUUCUCCUGCCGUAAGAACGGAAUCAGAGAAGGCUCUUAUUACUCUGGGAUUGAUCUUUCCAUCAAAUGUGAUGGAAACAGACACUGGAUCUCACAUGAGCAGACCGAAGGAAAGCCAAUCAACAUCUACCACUGCAGGAACGUCACAGCCGGCACCUUUACUCACAGGAGGAGCGAGUACAACGGCCACGAGCCGCGUGGCAUCGAUGAAUAUGGUACCAUUCCCCCAUCUUCUUGUAAAUCGCCGACCAUCUGAAGUCGAGGUGUUCCUUCGAAGCUCCCUAGUAGCUGAAAAGGAGCAGGAGGCUGUCAUCGAUCAAGUACGCGGAAUGGCAGAGAAAGAAACGGUUACCGCCGAGGUGGCCGAGCUCGAGUUGUGGAAAGAUUCUGAUGAUAAUGACGCCCAUCUUCAUCUUUACCCUGCGGACCACAUCCCUGAUCUCAAGAGUAUACACGGCAAAAAGAGAAGGAAGAGGAUAGAUGCAGGGAUUGGGGAGAUCGUGCGAAAGCUGCCUGGGGUGCCUUUUGAGAGAAAGUGGCAGAAAAGGAAGGUCGCGGACAUGGCAGAUCGUUUACGAGAAGUUCAACCCGCAGAAGGAUGUGAAGUUGCCAAAGAGGUGUAGGCAAACGUAUUUUUAUUGAAGAUUUUAGAGAUACCUGUAAAUAUUUGUACAUUGAACUAGCGAAAACCAGCGCCACUGGGAAAAC